AUGUCUUUGAAUCCAAGAUAUAGUGGACUACUGCGGUUGUUAUUGCUAAAAGGGGCUAAUGUGGGAACAAGGCCUCAUUACUACGCUAAAAUUGGCCAUUAUAACUUUGGAAAUGUUAGAAAUUUUGCAUUGUCCUCAAUGACAAUCAGGCGGUCCUAUAGUGAUUACAAGAGACCUGGCCACUUCAUAGAACAGGAUAAAGAGGAAUUAAAGGAUGAAAAGCCGCCAGUCAUCCCUGUACCAGCUAAGAAAUCUAAAGAAGCCUUGUGGGCAAAGAUUAAGCAUGAAGUGAAGCAUUACGUUAAUGGAACCAAAUUGUUAGGAUAUGAACUGAAAAUUUCGAUGAAGUUGCUUAUAAAGUUUGCGAAGGGGUAUGAGCUCUCUAGACGUGAAAAAAUUCAGCUCAAAAGAACCAUGGGUGAUAUUUUCCGUUUAGUGCCAUUCUCCGCAUUUAUUAUUAUCCCAUUUGCAGAGCUCUUACUUCCUGUAGCUUUAAAGCUGUUCCCUAAUAUGUUACCGUCAACGUAUGAAUCGGGCAAGGAUAAGCAAAAAAAGGUACAACUUCUGGCUGAUACUCGCCAAAAGACCUCAGAUCUGUUGCAUGAGACUCUAGAAGAGUCCUCUUUAAUCAGCUACAAUACCUUAGAAAGUAGUGAAAAGAAGAAAAAAUUCCUCGCAUUUUUCAAGAAAUUAAACUCUCCUAAAGAUGGUGCAGUGAGUGUAUUUACCCAUGAUGAAAUUGCUUCCGUUACCAGGAUGUUUAAAAAUGAUUCUGUUUUGGAUAACCUCUCGCGCCCUCAGCUGGUUGCAAUGGCUAAGUAUAUGUCACUACGUCCUUUUGGUACUGACGCGAUGUUGAGAUAUCAGAUUCGUCGCAGUCUAAAGACAAUCAUGGAUGAUGAUAAGGUUUUAGAUUAUGAAGGUGUGGAAUCGCUGACGACGGAAGAAUUAUACCAGGCUGCAAUAUUGAGAGGUAUGAAGACAUUUGGUGUUCCUAAACAGCAAUUGAUCGACUAUAUGAACGUAUGGUUGAAUAUGAGACUAAGGCAAAGAAUUCCAAGUGUAUUGAUGAUACUUUCUAGUGCCUAUACAUAUGGUGGAAUGAUUGAUGGCUCUGCAAGUAAGCAGAAUCCUCAAGCUGUUGUUGGAUUGGGUGAUAAACGACACAAGGAUUUGAUGGAUUUCUACUUUGACGCUAUACUACAAGUCUUAGGUUCUAUUCCUGAUCCAGUAUAUAAUGUGGCUAAGCUAGAAGUUUCAAGUUCUAAAGAACAGAAGGAUUCAUUGAAGGACGAAGCCGCAAAUAAAGUGGUCGAAGAACAAAAGGAAACUCCACAAGAAAAAGCAAAGGAAGAACCGGUACUGAAGGCGCCGGAAGUGAAGACCAAAAUGCAACCUUCUUCAGUCGAUACAGAAACUAGUCACGGUAAGAUAGAACCCAAGCCAGAGAAACAAACUGAAAGAGAAGAGGAAGAGAUACAAGCAACUGAUGACAACGAAUUGAAGUUGAAGGUGCUAAAGGAACAAGAAGAAUUGAUUAGAAAGGAAGAGGAAGAAGCGAAGCUAAGAGCACCUAAUACUGUUGUCGACGAUAACAUUUCCUUGGAGGAAGAUGAACCUGAAGAUUCCAAAUCGAACAAAGAGCCACCGAAAGAAAAGGAAAUAACAAAGGAAAAGGAAAAAGCUAAAUGA